AUGGAUACGGAAGAGAAGUUGCUUCAGCUGCAAGAAGAGCUGAAAAAUGUGGCACGAGAGCGCUGCCAGGCUCUGGAAGAGUUGGAAGAGAUGAAAUGGAGGAUGCUUUCUGAGGAGGAGAACAAGGCGAACUCGAAGGCCAGAUUGGAGAUGUUAGAAUCUGAGCUGGAGAAAGCCAAGGAAUCAGAAAGAAGAAUGCUCGAGUCCCUCACGUGCCAGACCAAACAGCUCGAGCAAACCAAGAUAUUGCUGGAAGAAGCCAAAUUGGAGAUAAGGUCUCUCAACGAGAGCAUCGGAAUCUUAGAGAGUUCCGCAGGGCCCAAGGCCAGCACCGUCGAGAAGGGCGUCACGCCGGAAGUCGCUCGCGGCAGCCAGGAGAUCGGCGCGCUGAGAACCGAAUUGAGGUUGGCGUUGGCUGCGGAAGAGAAGAGCAAGAAGGCCAUGGAUGAUCUGGCUUUGGUCCUCAAGGAAGUCACGACGGAGUCCAGUUGGAUGAAGGAGAAGCUCUGCCAGACGCAGUGCGAGCUAGAGAAUGCGAGGGGAGAGGCAGAGCGCCUUAAGGUCAUGCUGAAGCGCACGGAGAACAAGCUUCGGGUGACGACGGAGGAGUCCAAGAGGCUCAAGUCGGAAGCGGAGGAGUCCUUCGCCGCGUGGAACGCGAAGGAGACGGGGUUCCUGGAGUGCAUGAAGAUGUGCGAAGACGAGAUCAUCAACAUGAAGCAAGAGAACGCGAAGUUGGCCGAUCUGCACAAAUCGGCGAGGCAAGAGAUCUCCAAGCUGCGAGACAUCCUGAAGCAGGCCGUCAACGAGGCUUCGGUGGUGAAGGAAGCUUUGGAGAUUGCUCGGAAAGAAAAUUCCCAGCUCCAAGACAUGCUCACCGAGAAGGACAACUCCCUGGAGAACAUGGCGCAGGAGUUGGAAUGCCUCAAGGCCAGCGAAGCAGCUGCCCUCGACAAUGUAAAGGAGCUGCAGAGUUUGCUCGUCGCGUCCUCGUCGAUUGACUUGAGCUCCACAAGCAAUUCUUCUGAUAAGGACGCCUUCAGAAGUCCACGAACACCGGCGAGCGGGAGCGCAGUCCGUAAAACCAUGGCGAAGUAUCCGUCGGAGAAUUGGAAGCACGAAGACCCGUUGACGGAGAGCGGGCGUCGACUGUCGCUGGGGGACUCCGACAGGUUCGAGGGGUCGAUACUUGACCUGGUGGAAUCGCCCAGGCAGAAGAAGGAUGAGGAGGUCGUCGCAGUGGCAGAGAAGAGCUCGUUGACGACGAAGAGCUUGCAUUCUUCCAGCAACCAAGUCGACAGGAAGCAGCUUAAUGGCAUGGAGAACGGGUGGGAUUCCCCGAUACGGCAGAAGCUGAAGAAGAGGCAAAUCCUUCGAAGGUUCGGAGACAUGCUGAGAAGAAGCAUUCAUAAUUGA